UAGGCAUUUUGGGUAUGAUUAGUAGUAACAACAAAUGGGUAUUCUAAAAAUGGAAGAAUCAUGGUCAGCCAUUACAUGAAUUUCUCCGGAAAGCUCUGGUUUUGUUAGGUACAUACAGAGGAGGAAGAAGGGUUCAACAUUGGUAUAAAAACGAAGGCUCUGAAUGGAACAAUUUGGCAGUGAGGGAGACUUCCAUUGAGACACGGUGGAGGAGGGGAAGAGAUAGCAUUUGGGUUUCAAAAUUUGAGCGUUAUGACCGUCGAUGGGAAGAACAAUUUUUCAAGUUUCUCCAUUGGUAGCGGCGGUGCAGAGGAGGAAAACGACUGUCCGAUCGAGGAGGUCCGGCUGACGGUUCCGAUCACCGAUGACCCGACGGAGGCGGCGUUGACGUUUAGAACAUGGGUGUUGGGGCUGAUGUCGUGUUGUCUUCUGGCGUUUGUGAAUCAGUUUUUUGGGUAUCGGCAAAAUCAGCUGUAUAUUUCGUCUGUGUCGGCUCAGAUUGUGGCGCUGCCUCUUGGAAAGCUGAUGGCGGCCACUUUUCCGACCAGGGUUUUUAAAGUUCCGAUGUUGAAUUGGUCGUUUACUUUGAAUCCUGGGCCGUUCACGUUGAAAGAACAUGUUCUUAUUACCAUCUUUGCUAGCUGUGGCGCCGGCGGUGUUUAUGCUGUUAACAUUGUUACCAUUGUUAAGGCUUUCUACCGCAGGAAACUCCAUCCUGCAGCUGCUUUGAUGCUUUCUAUGACUACUCAGAUGCUUGGGUAUGGAUGGGCUGGAAUAUUCAGAAAAUUCCUAGUUGAUUCUCCAUACAUGUGGUGGCCUGCAAAUUUGGUUCAAGUUUCUCUCUUCAGGGCCUUGCAUGAGAAAGAGAAGAGGCCAAGAGGAGGACACACAAGGCUACAGUUCUUCCUCCUCGUCUUCAUCUCAAGCUUUGCUUACUACACCAUCCCCAGCUAUCUCUUCCCCUCCAUAACUUGCAUCUCUAUUGUCUGUCUCAUUUGGAAAAACUCCAUCACUGCCCAACAGAUCGGUUCCGGUUUCUACGGCCUCGGCAUCGGCUCCUUCGGCCUCGACUGGUCCACCGUUGCCAGCUUCUUGGGCAGUCCCUUGGCCACCCCUGGCUUUGCCAUUGUCAAUAUCUUAAUUGGCUUCUUCUUGAUUGUUUAUGUUACCCUCCCCAUUUCCUAUUGGUCUAAUUCCUUCGAUGCUAAGCGUUUUCCGUUCAUUUCUUCUCACACUUUCGACUCGUUAGGCAAUAAUUACAACAUUUCUAGAGUUCUUAAUAGCAAGACUUUUGAUCUUGACCAAGUUGGGUAUGAUAACUAUAGCAAGCUUUACUUGAGUGUCUUCUUUGCCUUUUCUUAUGGCUUGAGCUUUGCCACUUUGACUGCCACUAUUUCACAUGUUGCUCUCUUCCAUGGAAGAUCGAUAUGGCAACUAUGGAAGAAGACAACGUCGGCGACCGAGCUCGGAGACGUGCAUACGAGGAUAAUGAAGAGGAACUAUAAAGAAGUGCCUCAAUGGUGGUUUUCUAGUAUCUUGGUAAUAAUGGUUGCUCUUGCCUUGCUUGCUUGUGAAGGUUUUGAUAAACAGCUCCAAUUGCCAUGGUGGGGGAUUAUGCUUGCUUGUGGAAUUGCACUCUUCUUCACUUUGCCUAUUGGGAUCAUCCAAGCUACUACAAAUAUGCAACCAGGAUUGAAUGUCAUAACCGAGCUAAUCAUAGGGUAUAUUUACCCUGGGAAGCCCCUAGCAAAUGUGGCUUUCAAGACAUAUGGUUACAUCAGCAUGUCACAAGCACUAAGCUUUGUUGGUGAUUUCAAAUUAGGACACUACAUGAAGAUCCCACCAAGAGCCAUGUUCACAGUUCAGCUCGUAGGAACGAUAGUAUCAUCCAGCGUGUACUUCAGCACAGCAUGGUGGCUACUAACAAGUGUAGACAACAUCUGCGACCUAAGUUUGUUGCCAGAAGGAAGUCCAUGGACAUGUCCAGGAGACGAUGUGUUCUACAACGCAUCGAUCAUAUGGGGAGUCGUCGGACCGCUACGAAUGUUCACAAAGUACGGGGUCUACGGAGCAAUGAACUGGUUCUUCCUUGUAGGGUUGCUAGCCCCAGUGCCUGUGUGGCUUCUUGCUAGGCAGUUCCCUAAUAAGAAAUGGAUCACACUCAUAAACAUGCCUAUCAUAAUAGGAGCAACAGGAGGCAUGCCACCAGCAAGAUCAGUGAACUACAUAACAUGGGGAGUGGUUGGAAUGUUCUUCAACUUCUAUGUGUACAAGAGGUACAAGGGGUGGUGGGCGAGGCAUAACUAUAUCUUGUCAGCUGCUUUGGAUGCUGGGGUUGCAUUUAUGGGCAUUGUUGUGUAUUUCACUUUGCAAUCUAAGGAUAUUAUUGGACCAGACUGGUGGGGUUUGGCUAAUGAUGACCAUUGCAGUUUGGCCAAGUGCCCGACAGCUCCAGGCGUCGUGGCUAAGGGAUGUCCAGUUCUUUAGGAUGAACCGUCAAGCACAAGUUCGAACUUGUACAGUUAUUAGGUAUCUUAUCAUAAUAACGUAUUUGAGUUUAAGUUGUUAGUAAGAUUAAUUUGUUAGUUGAAGUUUUAUCCUUUGCGUUCUAAAACUUC